UCGAUCGAUCUUCUCGAACAUAUCUGCCUCGCAUUUUAAAAACGUGCUCAAAACUCGACGCAAGAACCGUUUGGGACUCGGAGUUCGUUUCAUAUCGUCUUCAAAAAGCCCCUCCGCCCGCGCCCCUCCGCAUUGUCUGUCACCUGCACAAAUCGGCCUCUGUUCUUUGUUGCGUUCGGCGCACAAGGCUUAGGGCUUUUUUUUUUUUAUUUUUUCUACCUGCUAUCUUAUUUUUCUUUUUCUACGGCUGGUCCUCUGCUUUUUCAACCCUGAGAUUGAAGAUCGAACACAUCAGUGCUGCUUACUCUCGUUCCCCUCAUGGCAUACGAUGGCUGGCAGAACAGCCCCGGCCCAUACGACCACUUGGGCAAUGUCAAUAUAAAUCAACCGCCUCCUCACGAGGAUCCUCAUCUACAGUCCUAUCAACCCCCGUAUCCAUCUCAUUAUGGUCCUGAUCGGGUCAACAUGCCUUAUCCCCAAAUGCCCCCUCCGCAGAUGCCCCCUCCCCCGCCCCAAAUGCCUCCAGGCUCUUCCCCGCCGACGCAGAAUCCAGAGCCGUACCAGGACCCUACAGCGUGGCAUCAGCAGCCUCACACGGGAAGGAUCAACGAGGCUGUCAACUCGGCGUUUGGCACUGCUGGUCCUUCCUCCUAUGUGCCCCCGGAAGUCCUGUCUCAAAUCACCGCCAAUGUCAUUCAGCAGCUCAGAGCAACCGGCUUGCAGGGUCAACAGCCCCAGGCGCAACAACCACCACCACCACCGCAACCGCAGCCCGCGCAGCAGCCUCAAUGGCCUCCUCCACCUCCCCCACGUCCUGCGUCUGCCUCUACGCAUAGCUACACCGAGUCGCCGACGGUAAUGGACCCGAGAAAUGCAGAAUCGUUUCCUCCGCCGCCUAGUGCCGUCCCGGAAAACGCUGGCUACCAGCCGCGUCCACCGUCUACCGGAUAUUCAGGCAGUCCUCGGUCUGGGUUCAGGCCCUCGCCAGUCUCGGUGCCUGAUAGACGGGAAUCACCGGGAAGUCAGAACGGCGAUCAUGGUCAGAAGAUGGAAGGCCGUCCUCACCCUCCGUCGAGGAACGCUACUGUUAUGGAGAUGACGACAUUGGAAAAGAUCUGGGGGAAGCUUUUUGUUGAUGGGAAGCCUACCAAACGGCUCGGUCAGUUUCUGCGGGGAAUUGCGGUUCAUUUGAUUGAGGAUUACCCGCCGGACAAUACCAUCGUUAUUGUACCAGAGAAGCUGCAGAAGUUCUACGAGGACACGAAGGUUCCCUCGGACCCUUACCCUUGGCAAGACAUCUUCGAUGAUCGCACAUCCUCUAUAUCGAGACUAUUCCGCGAAGUGGAAGCAGAGCACCACCUUGUACAGGCGAAACUGAAUGAAAGACCCGAUAUUCCAGGCUUGACACCGCGAGGCUUCGAGCGAUGGGCCACAUUAAUGAUCCAGGCUCAUCCGGAGAAAGAAUUCAAGCGAUUGCAAGAGGCCGUGUUGAACAUGCCCAUUAGCAAUCCGGACGAUAAGAAGGAGAGGUUUCCCAAGGAGAUUCCCAGACGGCUGUUUCCUGAAGUUCCAGAUCUGUCAGUGAGAGAAAAUCUCGACCAGUUUAUCAGCAAGCAUUGCGGUGUCGAUUUGCCUCCAAUCACUGAAGAGGAGCUAUCGCAGGCUGCUGCACACCGUCGCAAGGAGUCUGCGAGCUCGACCACGCUCCCAUCAGAGCCUUUGCCGGUAAAUGAACGAGAACGCCAGACAUAUUCGAGACCGACUUCCGCCAUAAUAGACGACGAGGACGAAGAACAGCUGGCAUCACGUCCUAUUGAGCGCGAGAGAAAGCCAUACACCGCACAGCCCGGCGGAGGCAAGGUUUAUGAAGAAGGUGGAGAUAACCACCGAGGACAUGCCCACUCAUUCUCCACGGGCUCUAGACCAAGAAUAUCUGAAAUCUCUCCACAGGAACCUCGCUAUCCCCGGACAGGAAGCGCAGGAGCACACCGUCCUAUUCGGAGAGUAGGAAGAUCCCGGAGCUCGUCACGAGGCUUCAACCCCGGUGGCGACUACAGACAUUCCGACGGCGACUUGUUGGGCCAUGGCCAUAGCCAUAAUGGUGGCCCUAGACAUGCGCGAAUGUCAUCCAUGAAUGAUUACUACCUGAACUCUGGCCCGGGAGGUAUAUCCGAAGAAAGUCGACGGUAUCGAGACGAGGACCGCGAGAAUGAAGAGAAGAGACUCUACGACACACUACGGGAAAGGGAAAGAGAACGCGAAAAGAGCAAAUACCACGAUCAUCUUCCUCACAGAGGAACCUGGGCUGUCGAUGAUGAAGAUUACUACCGAGGUAUACUCGGCAGCCAAGGUGGUGGCAGUGGUGGUCCAGUCGGUGGGGCUUAUGACUACAAAACAUAUACCUACCGGUGAUAUUUUAUAGGGCGUACGUACGCAGAGGGAAAAUCAUUAGGAGGGAAAUGGUUAGGUGCAUUUGCUUUGCUUGUUUGCUUUGGUUUGGCGCCUGUUUACAAAGGAAGGAAGGAAGAUAUCCAUAGCGU